AUGAAAUUUAUUGAUGAGUUGGAUAUAGAGAGAGUAAAUCAAACUCUUAAUUUCGAGACAAAUGACUGUAAAAUUGUUGGCAGUUGUGAUAUUUUCACAACAAAGGCGGUUGCAUCAGACAGAAAAUUGUACAAAACCAUUGAUCAACAUUUGGAUACCAUUUUACAGGAGAAUGAAAACUACAAUGCUGCCCUUCAGCAACAGCUAGCAACUCCCGAAACAAACCAAUCGCCUUGUUCGUCGCCAUUUUAUUCUAAUAGGAGAGAUAGUAACUCUUUCUGGGAACAAAAGAGAAGAAUAUCGUUUAGUGAAUACAAUAGCAAUAGCAAUACUAACAACAGUAAUGGCAACAGCUGUAAUAAUAAUAACCAUUCUGGACCCAGUGGUACUUGCCCAGCAACUUUUUCCAAGAGUGCCAAGCUAAAUGAUCAAAAUUUGAAAGAAUUAGUUUCAAAUUAUGAUUCUGGCUCUAUGAGCUCAUCAUCUCUUGAUUCAUCUUGCAAGAAUGAUGAGAAAAUAAGAAGAAGGAGCAGUAGCAGUAUUAGCAGUUUCAAAAGUGGAAAAUCAUCGAACAAUAAUAAUAAUUCUGGUGCGGCAACCAAUAACAUUAACAAAAGAAGAAAAUCUUCGAUAAAUGAAAGACCAAGCAAUUUAAACCUGGGUCCGUUUGGUCCCAUAAAUGAACCAUCAAGCAGGAAAAUAUUUGCUUAUCUGAUUGCUAUUCUUAAUGCUUCUUAUCCUGACCAUGACUUUUCAUCGGUAGAACCAACGGAUUUUGUCAAAACAUCAUUGAAGACAUUUAUUUCCAAAUUUGAAAACACCUUAUAUUCCCUCGGUAGACAACCAGAGGAAUGGGUUUGGGAAGUGAUCAAUUCUCAUAUGACUCUUUCUGAUUGCGUUCUUUUCCAGUAUUCGCCUUCAAACUCUUUUCUGGAAGACGAACCUGGCUAUCUUUGGAACCUUAUAGGUUUUCUUUAUAAUAGGAAAAGGAAAAGAGUGGCUUACCUUUACUUGAUUUGUUCGCGUCUAAAUUUGAAUACGAGUGAAGUGGAGGACACUUUGGCGAAGAAACCUCAGGGAAAGCUUAUAAUAGAUGAUGGUUCAAAUGAAUACGAAGGAGAAUACGAUUUCACUUAUGAUGAGAACGUAAUAGAUGACAAAUCAGAUCAAGAAGAGCCCCUACAGUAG